GGAAUGCUGUGCUCCUACAUUCAUAUGUGCAAGCAAAGAGUUUCUACUUUGAGAGAUUUUUAUUUAGCCACAUUCGACAUAACACAUGCAGGUUUCAACACGUCAUCUCUUCACACAGCUAAAUAGAUUGUUUUAAGUUCACAUUCUGUCAUUUGAGCAGAGGAUACUUGUCUUCAUGAGAAUAUGUCUUCAUUGUCUGAGUCAAACCAAAGGAGGAUUGUGCUGCUGGGGAAAACAGGAAGUGGCAAAAGCAGUGCAGGAAACACCAUCUUUGGAGGAGAUGAAGAGUUCAAGAUAGACAGUUCAGCCAAGUCCAAAACACACAAGUGUGAAGCAAAGACCAAGAUCAUUAAUGGAAGAAAAAUCACUUUAGUAGACACACCUGGACUCUUUGACACAAACAUCACUGAAGGGAAGCUGAAACCCGAACUAGUGAAAUGUAUUGUAGAGUGUAAUCCGGGGCCACAUGCCAUUCUCAUCGUGCUUAAAGUGGAAAAGUACACAGACCAAGAGAAACAAGUCAUUGCAAAAAUUGAGGAAUGUUUUUCACCAGAGGCCUUCAAAUAUGCCAUAGUUCUCUUCACUCAUGGUUACCAGCUCAAAGGUAGAGCCAUUGAUGAUUUUGUGAAAACCAGUGAGGAAUUGAAUGAGCUCGUGGAGAAAUGUGGUGGCCGCUGUCAUGUCAUUGAUAAUGAAUUCUGGAACAACAGUCAGCAGGGUCAGUACAGGAACAACCAGUUCCAAGUAGCAGAGUUACUCAACACCAUAGAGGAGAUGAUGAGAGAGAACAGAGGUGGGUGCUACACCAACAAGUUUCUCCAAGCAGUGAAUCGGGAAAUAAAAGUAGAGAUAGAAAGUAUUACAGAGGAGUCAAAUGGCGAGAAGUCACCGGAAGAGAUCAAUGAACAGGCCACUGAAAAUGUGUGGAAGAGACUCCUGAUCAAAUUGACAGGGAUAGCAACUGGUACAAUAGUGGCAGCUCUCCUUGGGGUUGCAGGGGCAGUAGCAUUCGUUUGCUCAGUACUUGGUAAGAUUCCCACGGUAACUGAACUUGCGGCAAGAGGACUAGGAGCAGCAAUAACAGCAAGCAUAGCUGGAGGAGUUGUUGCUGGGGGAGCAAUAGGAGGGGGGAUGAUAGGAGCUGGUGUAGCAGAGGAUGCAGAGACACCAGGAGAGGCAGCAGAGAGAACAACUGAGGCAGUCUGUGAGGUGGGUAAGUAUAUCUUGGAGGAGGGUAAAGGUAUUUUGGACAGUGUAAGAGGUGUGUCAGAGGGGUACAGCAAACUGAGUUUGAGUGAAGAAAAGAAGUAUUCUGAAGAGUCAAAGCCAAUGAGGAUUGUGCUGCUGGGGAAAACAGGAAGUGGCAAAAGCAGUGCAGGAAACACCAUCUUUGGAGGAGGAAAGAAAGAGUUCUUGAUAGGUCGUUCAGCCAACUCUGAAACGCACAUGUGCGAAACAAAGACCAAUGACAUUGAUGGAAGAAAGCUCACUGUAGUAGACACACCUGGACUCUUUGACACACACAUCCUUGAAGAGGAGCUGAAACCUGAACUAGUGAAAUGUAUUGUAGAAUGUGCUCCGGGGCCACAUGCCUUCCUCAUUGUGCUUAGAGUGGACAGGUACACAGUCCACGAGGAACAAGUCAUUACAAAAAUUGAGGAAUGUUUUUCACCAGAGGCCUUCAAAUAUGCCACAGUUCUCUUCACUUAUGGUGACCAGCUUCUUGAAGGAACAACUAUUCAGGAUUUUGUGAAUACAAAUGUGAAACUGAACAAGCUUGUGGAGAAAUGUGGUGGCCGCUGUCACGUCAUCGACAACAAAUACUGGAACAACAGUCAGCAGGAUGAGUACAGGAACAACCAGUACCAAGUAGCAGAGCUACUCAACACCAUAGAGAAGAUGGUGAGAGAGAACGGAGGAGGGUGCUACACCAACGAGAUGCUCCAAGAGGCAGAUAGAUUAAUAAAAGCAGAGAUAGAGAGUAUUAGAGAGUCAAACAGCCAGAUGUCAGAGGAAGAGAUUGAAAAACUAUCCAAGGAAAGAGCGAGAAAGAAACUCCUGAUCAAGUUGUCAGGGGUAGCAACAGGUGUAGUGGUAGGAGCUCUACUUGGGGUUGUAGGGUCAUUAGCAAUAGUACUCUUACUUCUUGCAAACCCAUUGGAACAAUUAAGUACAAAAGUAGCAGAAGCAACAGCAGCAAAAGUAGCAGGCGUAGUAGCAGGAGGAUUAGCAGCAGCAGGAGCAGUAGUAGGAGUAGCAGCAGGAGGAACUGUAGUUGCAGGGGAGAUCGGAGGAAGCAUUGGAGUUGGUGCAGGGUUAGGCAUAGCUGCAGGAGUUGUUGUUGGGACAGCAGCAUUAGUAGGAGCAAUACAAGGGGGGGUAGUUGGAGCUGAGGCAGCAGAAGAUGCAGAGACACCAGGAGAGGCAGCAGAGAAAGCAGCUGAGGCAGUCCUUAAGAAGGGUAAGGGAAUCUGGGUGGAGUGUAAAGCAGUCUUGGUGGAGAGUAAAGGAUGUGUGGAGAAUGUAAGAUAUAUGUCAGAUGGGUACAGGAAACUGAGCUUAGGUAAUGAAAAGAUGUAGCAGGAGCACUCUAGGUAUACAAAUAAAUAAUUAAGGGUGAUCACAACCUGUGUUUCCAUAGUUUUCUCAACACACCAGUCAGUGCUCUACACACCAAUCAGUACUGUACAGACCAGUCAGUACUAUACACACCAGUCAGUACUAUACACACCAGUCAGUACUAUACACACCAGUCAGAACUAUACCACAGAAGAAUAAAAAAAUAAGAACAAAAACUGUUUUAAUGUCUUGUGAAAGUUAAGUGACAAUUCAAACAAAUCCAAAAAAAUGUCAGACAACUCAAACAUUAUAACAUGUUAUUGUUUAAAAAGAAUUACAGUAGAAUAUAUUUGAUUUCAAUGUUUUAACAGAAUUACAGGAGCAAAUGUUGGAUUGCUAUUUUCAAAUUAUUAAAACAUUUCCUUUCAAUGUAAAUGAUGUAGUGAAUAAAAUGAAAAAUACCACACAAAAAUACCACAUUUUAUGUAACAUGCAUGAUUACGUCAUUGUCAUUAUAAUGCUGUAUGUUUUGAAAAAAUUGGAGACACAGAGAAGUGACUCAUAAAAUCAUAUUUACCACAA